AUGUAUGUUGCAAAGCUUCCACCGUUGAUCCCUUGGAUGCAUGUGAUGACAGGGGACUACCUUUCUGGCCGACCGAUUUUGCAGAUACAUCACCUGAAAGAAUCAGAGUUGCAUGGCAACGAGUGGAUUCGUCUAUACUUGGAACUUGCUCUUUGUUCAAAUGAUAGGAAUAUUCCAGAAAGCCAUGUAUCACAGCUACAGAUUGUGAGCGUUGCAAUGGAAAAAAAACUAUUGAGCAUUUCACAAGUACCACGAAUGCCACAAGUUGGUGAGGAUGGUGAACAUGUUGAGCGCAAAGUCAUAAUUAGAGAGUAUGAGGAUCUAUCUACCGGAUACUUCACUCUCAAGGGUGGGUUUGGGUUCUCAGUCGGUGAAGACACUAGUCAUCGCCGUAUGACUCGCCUUGGGACUGGGAGCAUUGAAGAAAUGUACGCUGAGAAAAAGAGGCUGCACCCUACGACUCCCCCAUGUCCAGCCAUCCCCAUUGCUGAUUACUGGAAAAGCUAG